UGUCAAACACACCCCAAUCCCCAAAAAUGAUCCAUUCUUCUCUCACUCCACGGCUCACUUUCCUCAGAACUUCACAAACCCUUUAAAACCCCACAAUACUCAGAAAAACAAACGAAAAAAAAAAACAAAAAACAAAAACCUCAGAAAAUAGGGGGACAACCCUUUCUUUUUCCUUAAUUCAGAACCAGAAUUUAGAAAAAUAAGAUAUAUAUAUAUAUUCAUGGAGAUGAAAAGUGUUCCUACUUCAAUUAGAGUGCCAAAGAGAAAGCUUUCUUUCAAAGGGCUUGGUGGGUUCCUUAGAGAAGAAAGAGGCAGGCUUUACAUAAUAAGAAGAUGUGUUGUUAUGCUUCUUUGUUGGCAAGACUGAUCAUAAGGAGGAGGAAGAAGAAGAGGACUACUUAUUGGAUUUUUCUUCUUCUAAUUCUUCUCUUGUAUGCUAUACCACCUCUUUGCCAUUUAUUAUUUUAUAUUUUGUGUUUGAUAAUAUUACAUAUGUUUUCUAGUCAAAUCUUCUUUACUCAAUGCUACUUCAAAAUUUGUAUAGCCAA